AUGUUUAAUGGGCUGCAAAAAACCGAGUCGUACAAUAAUUACCUAUUAGAAUUUGUGGAAGAAAUUGAAGAUCUAUUACAAAAUGGAUUUUUGUGGAAUGGUAUUAUUCAUCCAGUUCAGGUGAGAGCUAUAAUAUGCGAUGCCCCAGCCAUGGCUUUUGUAAAAGCUAUUAAAAGUCAUGGUGGUUAUUAUUGCUGUUCAAAAUGUUAUAUAAAAGGUGAAGCAGUGGCUACUGGAAAUAACACUAAAAUAGUAUAUCCUGAUCUCCAUUCUGAACAAAGAACUAAUGAAGCUUUCAGAGCUAGGAAGAUAUUGCCAUCUGGUGAAGAUGAUACUGGACAUCAUAUGAAAAAAGAACCGAAUGUCUUACAACGACCACCAAUUGAUAUGAUAAAGACAUUUCCCGUCGAUAAAAUAAUGUCGUUGGUGAAGGCGUAG